GAAGCUGCUGCUGCUGCUGCUGCUGCCGCCACCGCCGCCGCGGCUGCUGCUGCCGUUGGUCUGAGGCUGCAGUGGGUUUCUGUGCAGCACUGCAGAAUCCACACCUAGAGAACGGGAGACACAGACACGCACGUCUACCACCCUGGUCACAAGGAAGCUGUGGAUCUUCAGCGGAUAACAAGGGCCAUCCGCAGACUUGAAACAUGAGUUCAGAUGCCAGCCAAGACGUGAUUACCACUCCUCCUCCUCCCAGCAUGCCUCACAAAGAAAGAUAUUUUGACCGCAUCAAUGAAAAUGACCCAGAAUACAUUAGAGAGAGGAACAUGUCUCCUGAUCUACGACAAGACUUCAAUAUGAUGGAGCAGAGAAAGCGAGUUACUCAGAUCCUGCAAAGUCCUGCCUUUCGGGAAGACCUGGAAUGCCUUAUUCAAGAACAGAUGAAGAAGGGCCACAACCCAACUGGAUUACUAGCAUUGCAACAGAUCGCAGAUUACAUCAUGGCCAACUCUUUCUCGGGCUUUUCUUCACCUCCCCUCAGUCUUGGCAUGGUCUCACCUAUCAAUGACCUUCCGGGUGCAGACACAUCCUCAUAUGUGAAGGGAGAAAAACUCACCCGCUGUAAACUCGCCAGCCUGUACAGACUUGCAGACUUGUUUGGGUGGGCACACCUGGCAAAUACAUACAUCUCAGUAAGAAUAAGUAAGGAGCAAGACCACAUUAUUAUAAUUCCCAGAGGCCUAUCUUUUUCUGAAGCCACAGCCUCCAAUUUGGUGAAAGUCAAUAUAAUAGGAGAAGUGGUUGACCAGGGAAGUACUAAUUUGAAAAUUGACCAUACAGGAUUCAGUCCCCAUGCUGCAAUCUAUUCAACACGUCCUGAUGUGAAGUGUGUGAUACACAUCCAUACCCUUGCAACAGCAGCUGUAUCCUCCAUGAAGUGUGGGAUCCUUCCAAUUUCUCAAGAGUCCCUUAUCCUGGGAGAUGUCGCCUAUUACAACUACCAAGGAUCUCUUGAUGAACAGGAGGAGAGAAUUCAACUGCAGAAAGUUCUUGGGCCAAGUUGUAAGGUGCUGGUCCUCAGGAAUCAUGGUGUGGUAGCACUUGGAGAAACAGUGGAGGAGGCUUUUCAUUAUAUUUUUAAUGUGCAGAUAGCCUGUGAGAUUCAGGUGCAGGCAUUAGCAGGGGCAGGUGGGGUAGACAAUCUACUUGUGCUGGACCUUCAGAAGUAUAAAGCUUCUACUUAUACUGUAGCAGCAUCUGGAGGAGGAGGCGUGAAUAUGGGUUCCCAUCAAAAAUGGAAGGUUGGCGAGAUUGAGUUUGAAGGGCUGAUGAGAACUCUGGACAAUCUGGGGUAUAGAACAGGCUACGCUUACAGGCAUCCUCUCAUUCGUGAGAAGCCAAGGCACAAGAGUGAUGUGGAAAUCCCAGCAACUGUGACUGCCUUUUCCUUUGAAGACGAUACAGUGCCACUCUCUCCUCUCAAAUACAUGGCACAGAGGCAGCAGCGUGAAAAAACAAGAUGGCUGAACUCCCCGAACACCUACAUGAAAGUGAAUGUGCCUGAGGAGUCUCGGAAUGGAGAAACCAGUCCCAGGACCAAAAUCACAUGGAUGAAAGCAGAGGACUCCUCUAAAGUUAGCAGUGGAACACCUAUCAAAAUUGAAGAUCCAAAUCAGUUUGUUCCUUUAAACACUAACCCGAACGAGGUACUAGAAAAGAGAAAUAAGAUUCGGGAACAAAACCGUUAUGACUUGAAAACAGCAGGACCACAAUCUCAGUUGCUUGCUGGAAUUGUUGUGGAUAAGCCUCCUUCUACCAUGCAAUUUGAUGAUGAUGAUCAUGGCCCACCUGCGCCUCCUAAUCCAUUCAGUCAUCUCACAGAAGGAGAACUUGAAGAAUAUAAGAAGACAAUCGAACGUAAACAACAAGGCCUAGAAGAAAACCAUGAGCUGUUUUCCAAGAGCUUCAUCUCCAUGGAAGUGCCUGUUAUGGUAGUAAAUGGCAAAGAUGAUAUGCAUGAUGUUGAAGAUGAGCUUGCUAAGCGAGUGAGUAGGUUAACUACAAGCACGACCAUAGAAAACAUCGAGAUUACCAUUAAGUCUCCAGAAAAAAUUGAAGAAGUCUUGUCACCUGAAGGCUCACCUUCAAAAUCACCAUCCAAGAAAAAGAAGAAGUUCCGCACUCCUUCUUUUCUGAAAAAAAACAAGAAAAAGGAGAAAGUUGAAGCCUGAAAAAAGUCUUUUUAUAAUUAUUAUUAUUACAAUGUGACAUUGCACAUUUAAAUACCACAUUUAAGUUGAUAUUAAUAUGCAGUGGUAGAUCAGAUUGGGGGUAUGUAGCAAACUGGACUUUAAGAACUGGAAAGAGGUUUUACUAAAAGAAAAACAUAUUAUGAAGAAAACUUUCAUCUCUCAUUUUAUAUGUCCAAAUAAUGACUUUGAAUUUUUAAACAAUUGCUAGAUUUAAUUAACUCUGCCCUCAUGAAGUAUAUUAUAAUCACCACAAACAGAUAUCUGUCUGAAUUACUUCAGGCCUUCUCCAUAAUGUCUGUUGGAAAGAAAUUGCCAGUGAACAAGUGAGAAUUUUUAUUUCUCAACAUCUGUUUCACUUGGUAAUCAGAUUAUAAUUUUUUAUCAUAAUUUUUGACUGUAUCUUUUGAGUCCCCAUUGUUUCAAUGGGCAUUAACAGAACGCUUUAAAAGCUUCUAAGACAAGAAUCUAUAGCAUUAGUAUACACUGGCACAUAAUUUUUUUAAAAGUUUUAAGAAAAGAUUCGUUUGGAAUUUUAUUCACAGUAUAAAAUUUCCUCACCUGAAGUAACCUUGUUUGCCAAAAAAAGCUGUUUUAGUAAACUAUAAUUUUUGAAAACUUCCUUUUUUUAUUAGUUUAGAAAGCCCCUUAUUUUUCAACAAAGGGGAUUUUGUACACAUAACAUGGGUUAUUUAGUUUAACUCUGGCAAAAACAAUUUUUGUAUGUUAAGAUGUUUGUAUACCAUUCAGUAUAAAAGUGUCCUAAGCAUAUUAGCCAAUCAUUUAACAGUAGAGCCUAUUUAAGUCUGCUUGGUACUGAGUAUACUUAAAUAUAAUUCAAGAAUCCAGGGACUUGGUAUCAAAAGGGGAUUAGAGCAUAUAAAGGUACAUCUAGAUUCGUAUUUGAAUCUUAUACUUUAUUUUUCUCUUAGUAUUGCUAAUGAAUGCAGAAAAUCUCAUAAAGUAACCAAAUGAAAAAGAAUGAAAGGGAAAGUGAAAAGGGAACAAAAGGUGGAAUGUGAAAAGAAGAAUCUAGUUUGAUAACAACUCAUAUGUACAAUAUAGUAUGAUUUAUUCAAAACAUGUCCCAAAUUUCUAAAAUUCCAUUUUUCUGCCAGAAUCAAUGACUUUCUUGGUUGAUAUUUGCAUUUUAAAAGGGUCAUUUCCUUCUAACUUGUGUUAUCUUUAGAGGGCAGCGCUAGAAGAAAUCAGUGGAUCUUAUCCUACCAAUGAGAGAAAACUACCACUUCUUCAUUUUUACAGAUUUUAAAGAAGAAUCUUCUCAGUUAAUUUUCUGUCUAAUGUAAAUACAAAUUUAAACCUAGGCAUAAUAUAGGCUUUUCCCUCUUCACCCAAGCGAUGUCAUAAAUCAAUGUAAAAUCAGUAAUCCAAAGUGAUCCAUGGGUAAAAAUAACCUGGAGUGUUUCUGGAGGGUGAGUUGGCAUGCAACGGUGACAUUGAUUACAGUGUGUCCUGGGGCUGGUUCUGUUUGACUGUGUGUAUGACCAUGCAAAG